CUCGCCGUACGAUAUCGCGCGUAUAUACUCGAGGAUCUCGCGAUCUUGCUGAGUAAAGAAACGAGAAAUAUCGGUGUAUUCCUUUUUUUCUUGGAAUAAUCGAUAUUCGGUAUACAACAAGAUAUGCUUGUUGAUUCGAAGAAGUGACAUUACGUAUAUCUCUCGAUUUGGGACACGCCGUCUAGGAUGUAUCGCGGAGACAUAAUCUUUUACAAAAUUUUGACAUAGUCCCAGGAUCAAAUCCUCUUGAUGAAAAAUUGCACCGGGGAUUCCUCGGAUCAACGUGAGAAGUGCUUUAACGCUUGUCCUUGCUGGACUCCCGAGGGACGGAACGAGUGUCGUCUCGAGGUAAUUGGCAGUGACUGGAGAGAUUCGACUGGUGAACCGAUAGAAUGCGAAUGCGGAUCUUAUACUCGUGACAUCGAAUUUGUUAAUCGGAUAUCGGUGAUGCAGCUACAUGCUGGAAGGAGGAAGGGGAUGACUGUUAAUUUUCUACCGAGGAUGGUGGCGGUCUUUGUUUUCGCUUGCCUUCUACUGCAGAAUGGUCGGUCGACAUUCGCAGCGUUUACUACUGUUACCACCAUCCCUGAUCCCGAAUUUGUUGACGAAAUAGGAAACAUCACAGUACCAGCAGGACGGAAUGUCAAACUGGCAUGCAGUGUGAAAGAUCUUGGAUCAUUCAAGGUGGCCUGGAUGCUUUUCGACAAGAGCGCUAUUCUGACGGUACAGAAUCACGUUAUUACCAGGAACCCCAGAAUAUCCGUGUCGCACGAUAAGCACAGGACCUGGUUCCUACAUAUCAACGACGUGCACGAGGAGGACAAGGGAAAGUACAUGUGCCAGAUUAACACUGCUGCCGCCAAAACGCAAUAUGGCUAUCUACACGUCGUAGUGCCACCAAAUAUUGACGAUUCGCAGAGCUCGUCGGAUGCAAUCGUUCGCGAGGGCGCCAACGUGAGCCUCACCUGCAAAGCGACCGGAAGUCCAACACCUAGUAUUCGUUGGAAACGAGACGAUGGUACCAAAAUCUCGAUCAACAAAACUUUAGCUGUGGCAGAAUGGGAGGGUGAAACGCUGGAAAUGGCGCGGAUUUCGAGAUUGGACAUGGGUGCAUAUUUAUGCAUUGCCAGCAACGGUAUACCACCGACAGUUAGCAAACAGAUCAAAGUAUCGGUCGACUUCCCCCCUAUGCUCUGGAUACCGCACCAAUUGGUCGGCGCGCCCCUGGGUUACUCCGUUAUUCUGGAAUGUUAUACCGAGGCUCAUCCGACUUCUUUGAAUUACUGGGCGAGGGAGGACGGCCUAAUGAUUCACGAGAGCAGUAAAUACAAGACUGUGUCGUUACCCGAUAAGCCAUCUUACAAGACACAUAUGAUGCUCACGAUAAACGAUAUACAGAGAGAAGACUACGGUAGCUACAAGUGUAUCGCCAAGAACCCACGUGGAGAAACCGACGGGACGAUUCGUCUGUACAUGUCUGCACCACCAAGUACCAGUCCUAGCCCGUCUACCACAGAGGUCCCUAAAAAAGAUUGGGAAUUCAUGGCGGAGAUGAAUAACUCUGUUUACGGAAAUCCAAGUUCGCUGACAAUUCAAAAUGAGAAGAAUAUCAAGACAGGUACCAAGUUCCAAUCGAAUCUGAACGAAAUUGGAAAAUCGGAACAGAAGUCGUCCGAACAGGAUAGAAAAAGAAAUUACAAUUGGCCUCCUGAUAAGGAUUCAGCAACGGGCGUGAUGACGACCGUGACGCUUCUACUAAUUGCCCUGGUGGUAACGAUAAUUCGAUAAGCAAGAUCCGAAAAGAAAAAGAAAGCGAACGACGACCUCGUUGUUGAUAUCGGUGGUGGUCUCCCUAAUUAACGGAUUCAAUUAAAGAGAAAAUAAAAAGAAGAAAAAUUAGAACUUAAACGAAAAACAGACUCGUACACAAUACACGUAUAUGCGCACACACAACACACACACAUACGCGCGCGCACGCAAUUACAAAAGAUGACACAAAGACUGACUGGAGUAGAUAGCGUCCGUAUUAAAUGACGGAGAGUAAUUUACGCGUGCCAAGUUAGUGUAGCAACGAAAGUCCACGAGUGGCCAAGAAUUUAAGGGACAUGAAUCCUCAUCGAUCUUUUCUUCAUCGAUUGUGCGUUGUAUGGCCCGGAGAUGAGGGGGGGGUGAGUCACGCACCGAGAGAUGGAACAACGAGAACGAGAGGAAAGAGGAGGGUAUUAACAAAGUGCAACGACUAUCGCUUUCAGUGUAAUAUAUUGUAUAACGCCGUAACAAUGACUUCAAACCAACAAAUACCAGUGAUCUCGUCUCCGCGAGAGAGUGCGACCCGGAACGUGUGUGAGAGUGAGUCGUUACGUUUUUUAAACUACACUAUGUGGGAGUAUUUCAGUCGCACGCAACUAAAUGACAUUUCUGGAAUAUCAAAACGAAAUCGUUCGAGCUUAAUACUGAAUUAAAGUUUCACCGAGCCAACUAGUUUUCCAACAUUUUUGAACUUAUAUCCCCCUGCCGAAAUAGUUUUCUUCUCUCGUUUGUACGAUCGAUGCGUGAGGGUUCUCAAUUUCGUCAAUAACAUAGGAAUGCUUGCGUUCGGAGAUUCGUCACGACGAUAUGUGUCCCGAGGAGACUCAUGGGUGUUAGUCACGCUUCGAGCAAAGUUAAUUCUCCAUCAACAUCAGGUUCUAUCCGCAUACGUAGUCACGGCUCGACUGUAUGUAUCCCUUAAGUAUCGGCUAUUUCUUUGUUUUUUCUUCUUUAAUUUAUAUAAAAUGUAUAAAAUGCGUGUAUAUAUUAUUAUCUCCAGCAUCAAUUUUACUUUUUUACUUCGCGGUGAACUUUCUCGUUCUGCCAAGUACUUUUUAAAUUUUCCAAUUCUUUCCACCUCCUAUCCUUACCUCCUUACGUACGAAAUCAUGGAACCCAUCUGGAUACUUGAGAUUAAAACGUCAGAUUCGGUACGGGAGAGUUGUUCUCAUCUGGAGAGGCAGUCGGAGAAAGUACGAACAGAGCGCGGGAGAGGGAAGGAAAGAAAAAGAAGAAAAUGGAAAAUUUGCAAAGAAAGAAAUGGAGAUAUAUCGUAACAAGUUGAACACUAUCAGUUGUAUACGAAUCAAUCCGGUAUUGCUCUGAGAAUGCCGCAAUCCUCUUUUUACAUUAUAU